AAAUCAGUCAACAGUACGUUUUUGACGGCAGUCAUGAAUUUUUGGCUUUGGAUCUGCUGCUUCUCCCUCAUAUUCAAGUGUAUGAGGAGCGAAGACCGAAACUUUCGGGUUAUAAUUGACCAAGUUAACAUAACUCAUCUUGACCGCGAUGUGUACGAGCAAUUCGAUUGCGAGGUGUACGAGGUGAACAAUCGCACCCACAUGGACUCGAGUCACACUUUUACCCGGGUCGUAGAUGAAGUUACUGUGCACGCUGCUCUGGAUUUUUACAAGCUCAACAGCAAGCAGAGGAUGAAACUGUACGAUGUCGAGUUCGACGGAUGCUAUAUUCUGGAACAUGCCAACAAAAACCGACUGUUCAACGUGUACGUAAAGAAUUUGAAAAAGCACUCGAAUCGGAAAUUUCAGUGCCCCUUUAAGGCUCACGUAAGAUAUGAAGCGAAAAACCUGUCGAUGGAUGAGCAGGAUUUCCCCUCCUUUGUACCACUUGGAAAAUUCCGAUCCAUGAUCGAGUACAUAAUGAAUAAGAAACUGAGGGCAAGGGUCAUUGCAACCGGAAAAAUUAUCCCAUUUGCAACGGAUCCGUUUAAGGUCAUUACAUAAUGGAUUUUAAAUAAACCACUGACUUGGCUGCAUUUGCUAAGUUAAAAUUGGGCAUUGGUAAAGAGGUUAAUUUUUAAAAUUAUAUAUAUAUAACUCUUGAAAAUAUUGGUUAAUUGGUUCAAAAAGGCUUUGCAACUUGCUAC